AUGCGACAAUUCAGACAGCAACUGAUCACAGUUUUUGAGGAGAUGCUUUCUGAAGAGGGUGGACCGGGAAUAACGGUUGUCGUCAAGGGCAAAUCAACUGUAACAAGGGGCUCGAAGGCUGCGAAGGAGGAAGCCAAGCGGAUCGUGGUGAUUGAUCCAGACAAGGUCAAACCCAACUCGGAAGCCUUUCACUAUUUGAAGAGGAAUGCCGGCGGAUGUGGAAAGCCCUGCAUUCAAAUUGGAUCGGACAAGAAGGUCACUGUCGCCGAAGACGCUUGUCCUGUCUGCGUGAAUCGUUGCAAGCAGUGUCCCGGCGAUGCGGUCUCUGUGGUCAAACUACCUACCAAUUUGACCACCAACACCACACACCGCUACGGUCCCAACUCCUUCAAGCUCCACGGAUUACCGGUUCCGCGACCCGGUCAUGUGCUGGGCUUGUUGGGCUCCAACGGUACCGGCAAAUCGACGUGUCUCGAUAUUUUGAGCGGAAAGCUCAAACCCAAUCUUGGAAACAUUGAUGACAAUCCUCCCGAUUGGGCUUCAAUUAUUACUCAUUAUCGUGGAUCCGACCUUCAAAAGUACUUUCAAGGAAUCGUGCAAGACAAUCUAACAGUGGCCGUCAAGCCGCAGCUGGAGACCGGUUUGGUGAAACGUCUCCAAGGCAAGCAGGUACGGGCGCUAUUGGAAGCGAGAGAUGAACGUGGUAGGAUGGACGAGUAUGUGAAGGAAUUGGAACUCGAACAUUUGAUGGACCGCCAGGUGGAAGAGCUGAGUGGCGGCGAACUCCAACGAUUCGCCACUGCCUGUGUUCUUGGUCGUGACGCUUCCGUCUACAUGUUUGACGAAGUGACUUCAUUCUUGGACAUUAAGCAGCGUCUCAAGGUUUCCAAACUCAUCCGCGCGUUAGUACAUGAAUCUCCUGAAAAGUAUGUCAUUGUGGUGGAACACGACCUUGCCAUUUUGGAUGCCAUGUCCGACUAUGUGCAAUGUCUCUAUGGAAGUCCGGGAGCGUAUGGCGUUGUAACUGGACGCAGUCGAGUCCGAAAUGGAAUCAACCAGUUCCUUGCUGGUUACAUCCCAGCCGAUAAUAUGCGGUUUCGAGACCAUGAGCUGACGUUCAAGGUUGCCAGCAGUGACCUCUUGCCGGAGAGGGAGGAAGGUGUCGCUCUGGAAGCUGCCGACUCGCCCAAGACUGGAAUCUUUGAGUACCCUGCCAUGAGUUAUACUCGAGGCGAAGAGGCCGGCUUUACGCUCCAUGUUGAGGCAGGUGCCUUGCGAGAAGGAGAAUGUGUUGUAUUGAUGGGCGAAAAUGGAACUGGCAAGACCACCUUUAUGGAGAUGUUGGCGGGUAACCUGCAGGAUCAAUCCACCGACAGUCUGGCUUCUUUUGGAGUCUCUUACAAGAGACAAGGAUUGUACCCCAAGCUGCGUCGCUUUCAAGGGAACGUCCGAGCCUUGCUGGAAACGAAGAUCAAUGCAGCUCUGUCGGAUCGUUUGUUUCGUCUCUUGGUGCUGAAACCCCUCUCGAUGGACCGAAUCCAAGACCUUCCCGUAGCCAGUUUGAGUGGUGGUGAGAUGCAGCGUCUUGCCAUUACUCUCUGCUUGGGUCAACCAGCACAGUUCUAUCUCAUCGACGAACCCAGCGCUGGCUUGGAUUGCGAACAGCGUGUGAACGCGGCCAAGGUCAUGAAACGGUGGGUUGUCAACCAUCUCGGAAAGACGCUUCUUUUGGUGGAACAUGACUUUGUCAUGGCUUCUGCCAUGGCGGAUCGAGUGGUAGUAUACGAAGGAAACCCAGGCGUCGAGUGUACGGCUCGUGCUCCGACCGGUGUGGCAGAAAGUUUCAAUCGAUUCCUCAAGAUCCUGGACGUAACCUUUCGUCGUGACCCCACCAACUUUCGUCCUCGUGUGAACAAGAAAGGUAGCCGUAUUGACAAGGAGCAGAGAGCCAACGGAGACUACUACAAACUGGUAACGGAAGAAGAAGAAGCCUAA